AAGUUUCCGAAACGUACUUUGAAAAAAGGACUUGAUAAAGGUUCAAAAGAUAGAAGAAGAAACUAACCUCAAAUUAACGUCAAAAAUGGCAAAAACACAAGGUGUCGAAGUAACAGAAUCAAAAAAACCAAAUAAAAGCAAAAAGAAAGUAAAAGUAUACGCUAAAAACAAAAAGAAAAAUGAUCCAGAAUCUGUAGUAAUAGAAAAACUAAUUGCCAGUUAUGAACAGAUCGACUCCACAAAAAUAACGAAAUUUGGCGAAUUCCCCUUAUCAGCAAAAACCCUCAAGGGUCUGAGGGAAUCUGGAUACCAUAAACCUACUGAAAUACAGAAAGAAACUAUAGGCUUAGCUCUGCAAGGCAAAGACAUUUUAGGAGCAGCACAAACUGGAUCAGGGAAAACUUUAGCCUUUUUAAUACCAAUUUUAGAAAUUUUAUUCACCCAACAAUGGACAAGGUUAGAUGGAAUAGGUGCUUUAGUGAUUACACCUACAAGAGAAUUGGCUUAUCAAAUUUUCGAAGCACUAAGAAAAAUAGGGGAACAUCAUGAUUUUUCUGCUGGAUUAAUUAUAGGUGGUAAAGAUCUUAAAUUCGAAAGAAAUAGAAUGGACCAGUGUAAUAUCGUAAUUUGCACACCGGGUCGUCUUUUACAACACAUGGACGAAAAUCCCCUUUUCAACUGCAUCAAUAUGAAAGUAUUAGUACUAGACGAAGCCGACAGAUGUUUAGAUAUGGGUUUCGAACAAACCAUGAACGCCAUCAUAGCGAAUUUACCACCACAACGACAGACGUUGUUAUUUUCGGCCACGCAAACCAAAUCCGUAAAAGAUUUAGCUAGGUUGAGCUUAAAAGAUCCUUGUUAUGUUAGCGUACACGAAAAUUCGGAAUUCAGUACACCGAAAGGACUGUCACAGAGUUACGUCGUUUGCGAAUUGCAGGAUAAGGUUUCAGUGCUGUGGAGUUUUUUGAAAAACCAUCCUAAUAAAAAGAUUAUGGUGUUUUUCUCCAGCUGUAAGCAAGUUAAAUAUACUUUCGAAAUUUUUUCAAAAUUGCGGCCUGGCACAAGUCUCAUGGCUCUAUACGGAACGUUACAUCAGCUACGCAGAAUGGACAUCUACGAAAAUUUCUGCCGCAAAAAAUCCGCCAUAUUGUUCGCGACGGAUUUAGCCGCCAGAGGAUUGGACUUCCCUGAAGUCCAUUGGGUGGUCCAAGUGGAUUGUCCAGAAGAUCCGGAAACAUACAUACAUCGCGUAGGUAGAACAGCUCGUUUCCACAGGGGAGGCGAAAGCUUAUUGAUGCUGCUACCCAGCGAAGUGACAAUGGUCGAUAAGCUUAAGGCGAAGAAGAUACCAAUUGAGAAGAUAGAUGUCAAUCCUAUGAGAUUAAACAACCCGGUAAGGAAGAUGGAGGCGUUUUUGGCUAAAGAUCCUUCGUUAAAAGAUACAGCUCAAAGAGCGUUCGUCUCUUACGUCAAAGCUGUGUUUUUAAUGAAAGACAAAGAGGUAUUCGACGCGCAAUCAUUAGAUACCACUUCGUAUGCGAAAUCUUUAGGAUUGGCGAUACCGCCUAGAAUUAGAUUUUUACAAAGGAUGAACGCUAGACUAGAAAAACAAAAAAACGAAUUUAAUACCGUAAAAUCGAAUAAUAUCGUUAAAACUGGUAAUCAGAAUAGUAAAAAGUAUUUUGAUAAUGAUGAUGACGAUGUUAAUGAUGGCAAAGAAACGACUAAAGUUGGUGUAGAUGAUGUUAAAAAUGAAUCUGAAGACAGUGGAGUCAGUGAAGAUGAAAAUUUACAUGGUGCUAAAGAUUCUGGACUCUUCCAGGUGUCUGAUGAGGAUAGCGACAAUGAUGAUAUAUUACAGGUGAAGAGAAGAGACCACGACAUCGAACUACCCACAGCCAAAGAGAUCGCCGACAUGGACCUGGGUAGAAACAAAAACAAGAAACCGAUCAGCAAAGCAGCAGCGGCCAAAAAGAUUCUAAAAAAGAAGAUAGUCCCCAACAAAAAAACCGUAUUCGACGACCAAGGCGACGCCGUCCUGACGACCAAAGAUAAAAAAUCCGAACUAGCCGUGGAAUACGAAAACGAAGACGAGGGCGGCAUCGACAUCGAACGAGCCAAAAAAGUGCUCCGAGAAGAAGACAAAUUCGAUAAACAGUUGUUCAAGGAAAAGGUGAAAGCCAAACACAAAGAAGAGAAGAGGAAAUUGAAGGAAAAGAAGAAGCAGGAGAAGGAGGAUGAAGAGGAGGUUCGCGACGAUUUCGGGGAAAGCGAAUCUGAUGUUGAACCGGAUUUAUCUUGGUUGCCGGAUCCGGACGCGAUAUAUGGCGAAAAAACGGAAGAGGAAAUCGAAAGGUUGAAGGAUGAGUUUGAAAACGGAACUGAUGAUGAAAGGACGGCGAAAUCUUUCAAAACUAAAGAGAAAAAGGGUCAAAAGAGGAAAAAGGAAAACAAAAUAGAUAACCUGGGGACGGUACUCAAAAAGAAGAAGAAACAUAAAUUAAAAGAAAUCAGUUCUUCCCUUUCAGUCAACGAAGCCGAAGAACUUGCAAUGUUAUUACUAAAAAAUAAAUAAAACUUUUUAAUAUUUUGUAAAUAAAAUUUAUUUCAAAUUCAACAACCAAAUUUUUUAAUUCUUAACACUUAAAAAUAGUUUUAUAAAACGGGUUUUGUGUUUAUUAUGAUUUAUAAGUCAUGGUAAGUGUCUUUAACUACUUUUUUCUUGUUGCUUUUCGACUUUGCAAGUACAAUCUACCCAGUCUUUAGGAUUCCUUAAUACUUCUAAUAGUUUACCUUCGGGCGUAUCAUCUUCAGGCACGUUCAUAUAUUCCCA